AUGUCGUCAACUUCAUCACAGCGUUCAGCAAAAGAGGGCCUUCAUUCGGCAAAGGAUGACCACCACGGCGUGUCACGAGUUCACGUUCACGGCGAAGGAGGUGAGUAUGUCACUAUUAAUGGCCAGAAGUAUUAUCGUCAUGAGUUGAUGGCAGCAUUCGGUGGUACGUUGAAUCCUGGUGUUAGUCCAUACCCCCAAAACAGAAUGAAUCCAGCGCCAGUUGGAUUGUCUGGGUUUGCUUUAACCACAAUUGUGUUGAGUUUGUUCAAUGCACAAGCCAUGGGUAUUGUUGUUCCAAAUGUUGUCGUUUCGCUAGCUUGCAUGUACGGGGGAGCACUUCAGUUCUUGACUGGACUUUUGGAAUUCGCUACUGGCAACACCUUCGGUUGUACUGCUUUGACCUCAUAUGGUGCAUUUUGGAUAAGUUAUGCAGCCAUCUUCAUUGAAGCUUUCGGUAUUGAAGAAGCGUACCAAAAGGAUGCCUCACAAAUGGAGAAUGCCGUUGGGUUCUUUUUGAUAGGCUGGGCUAUAUUCACAUUUGUGUUGGUAUUGAAUACACUCAAGUCAACAGUGGCGUUUUUCAGCUUGUUCUUCUUCUUAUUUAUUACAUUUGUGUUAUUAGCUGGCGGCGCGUUUUCCGGUCACGUUGGUGUGACUCGAGCUGGAGGUGUUUUUGGCGUCAUUACUGGGUUCAUUGCGUGGUAUAAUGCAUUCGCUGGUACUGCAACCAAAGCCAAUUCUUAUAUUGUUGCCCACCCUAUUCCGUUACCUGCUUUCAAAAGGGAUUGA